AUGGCCCGAAAGUCAAGCCACCAGAGGGUCACUUAUGUCCUCCCUCUGCCUGAUGCCCCUGGUGGGCAUAGACUAGGCGUCAAUGGUCUGACUGUCGAUACGGACAAUUCCAUCCUGUAUUCCGCUGGUCGCGAUGGUGUUGUAUGCUCGUGGGACCUCAACCGCCCCCUCUCCGGCGCAUCGGCGUCGAAAUCCGGUUCGACAACCUUCAGAAACCAAGUCCAGGCUCACAGCCAUUGGAUCAACGACAUUGUCUUGACUAAGAACAACUCGGCGCUCGUUUCCGCAUCGUCCGAUACCACUGUGCGAUUAUGGCGACCGCACUCGGAAAUCACGGAGGUGCCGCAUCCCAUCGGCAAACAUGCCGACUACGUGAAAGCCUUGGCAACCCCCGGAAAUCACUCCUCAUGGGUGGCAUCAGGCGGCCUGGAUCACAAGCUCUAUCUAUGGGAUUUGAAUGGCGGCGGUGAGGUCCUUGGCAUCGAUGCGUGCGGGGAGGAUCGGACGGCAAAGGGUUCGGUCUAUGCACUAGGCGCUGUAUCGUCCGUCCUGGCCAGUGGUGGACCGGAAAGCGUGGUCAGAGUGUGGGAUCCGAAAUCCGGAAAAUUGAUCACGAAGUUCGUGGGCCAUACCGACAAUAUUCGAGAUAUCCUCAUUAAUCAAGAUGGCGAUACCAUUAUGACCGCGUCCUCCGACCAGACGGUCAAGGUUUGGUCGCUGACAGCAGGAAGAUGCAUGCACACCUUGACAAUGCACAACGACAGUGUCUGGUCGCUUUAUUCGAAUCAUCCUCAGCUGUCGGUGUUCUAUUCGAGUGAUCGAUCCGGCUUGGUUGCCAAGACGGACACGAGGCACUCUGCGGAUAUCGAGCAAGGUGUCUGCGUUGCAGCGCUGCAGGAGCACGAGGGCGUUAUCAACGUUGUAGCUGCCGGAGACUAUAUCUGGACAGCAACACCGAAGUCUAGUAUCAAUCGGUGGAGGGAUAUUGAUACCACAGCCGAGAUAGAAGCCCCAGCUUCAGGGGAACGAAAGUCCAGCGCUGAAAAGGAUGCGACUAAAGGAAUGCCCAAGAAGAUACCAUACGAAUCGGUUCUCUUACUAUCAAACACAUCUACGUUCCCUAAUUCGAGAGUUCCUCACGACGCGGCCCCAGGCGGCGCAUCACAUGCACAGGGCCAAGCUUCCGGCUCAGACAUGGAGGAUGAACUGGGAUUGACCCUGCCCGUUCAGUCCUUGCCAGAGGAGACUAUCGAAGGACAGCACGGAUUGAUCAAACACUUCAUGUUAAAUGACCGCAAACGGACUUUGACCCAAGAUUCUGCGGGUGAGGUUGUCUUAUGGGAUCUUCUCAAGUGUAAACCCAUUCAAUCCUUUGGCAAGCGGCAUAUGGAUGAUGUGGCCUCUGAGAUUAACACCACGGAGAGUAUUGCUCACUGGUGCACGAUCGACAUCCGCACCGGAAGGUUAUCAGUGAUUCUGGAGCCAGGGCGCUGCUUUGACGCGGAGAUAUACGCCGACGAAACAGACAUAGAAGAUAGUUCGCAGUUCCGCGAUGACCAGAGAAUCAACCUAGGCAAAUGGAUAUUGCGCUGGCUCUUUGCACCACUGGUCGAUGAGCACGUUCGGCGCGAUGCCCAGUAUCGUGCCAUGGCAGUUGCAAGAGCGGAGGAAAUGGCCAAACUGACCACAACGAGUGCCUCUGCGCCAAUGGAUAUACCGUCAGCAGAUGGUUCAAGGCGGCCGUUAGGUCUGCAGACUCCUAUAGAUGCCUCAUUCUCAACCUUCCGGUCCGGAUACGACACUCUUGGUAGCCCUACGACGCCCGGCUUCGGUAUCGGCUACGCAACAAGUCCGGGGACGUUAGGGUCACCCGUGCUACCACCACAUAGCUACAACAACAAUAGCUACUUUGGAACAUCUAUCGGCGAGACUUCGGACUUUCUGUCAUCACAGCAAAACCCCGACCUAACUCGAACGUCUUUCUCGGACCGGUCGAGCGAUUACUUUUCCUCCUCAUCCAAGCCCCCGGGUCUGACUCCGCUAGACACAGAGAAGGCGCCAGGGACACCCGGAGAGCCGACGCCAACUGCUCUGCCUCAAUCACCGGUCGAGCCUGACAAAGAGGAACGAAAGCGGGGAGGAUCUAUAUUUGGGAAGAAAUUUCGGAUGGAUUUCCCCAAGCGAAUGGGCCGGUCCUCGUCGGAAGCCAAACCCCAGAUCCAAGAAGAAAAGAUUGAAGAAUCGGACAAGUCGUCUGUCAAGGAAGAGAAGGUUUUUGAAACUAAUCUGGGUGGCUUCAUCGAGCGAACCCGGCACGAGUACGAGGAAUGGCUGUCUGCCAACCCGGGGCAGGAGUUGGUGUCUGCCUUUGCUCCUAGUCCUGACAACGAGACACCCGAACUGCAGAUACCUCCUCGCACGGCUGUAUUCAUCCAAGAGGAAUCUGGCGACACGGCAGUGGCUUCGGACUUGUACAGGGGUACUGUGGCAGGCAUUAGUCAGGAGAUUGACAAGUUGGAGAAGUCCAUCCCGUUAUGGCUUGCGGACUUGCUGCUCAAGAAUCAAAUGCCAUUGAAAGAGCCAGUGAAGAUUGCGUUUACGCUGAAACCUUACGACGAUCUUCUGCCGCCUGUGGUCAAGCCAGAGCCGGCUACGAGCGCAAACGCGAACAACAAUCGGCUCAACGCCAAUCGCAUGCUUCGAGCCAAGAAGAUCCUUGCAUAUGUUGCAGAACGGAUCGACCCACCUAAUCCCGAUGAGCCGCAAGAGGAUGCGAUGAAGCCGGAAGAGUAUCUGGAGUUGUAUUGCCAGAAGAUGCUGAUCCCGCCAAACAUGACUCUUGCGACAAUUCGGGCACACAUCUGGCGCUCGUCUGGGGAUAUGCUACUGUAUUACAAAGCGAACGGAAAGAAGGAGAUCAAAACCACUCCCGACGGAGAGAGCAACCACCUUGAGGGUGGCUCUCAUCGAUUCCUUGAUCCCGCAAGCGCCGGCGGAGAAGCUGGAAGCGUGCCCCCAGGGAGCAUCCACUCGCUGACAGCCUCAGGGUCGGGUGCUGCCUCGAUCAGCAAUACCUGA